AUUUCAGCAGAGUUUUUCUAGCUGUGCAGACACAGAAGUUGCUGAAAUGUCCAGAGGGACAGCCUUAGCAAGCCUGUGACCUUCUAUGACAAAAUGGACCGUGGUAUUUCAGAAGGGAUUUGGUUGGGAUUGUUAAACGUGCUAAAAAGAGAACUGCUUCUUGGAGAUUAUAUUUUUUUUUUUUCAAUCAAGUAACACUAUAUUUGGAUUGGAAACAGCCUGUGGAUGAACAGGAAUAACCAUCAGAAGGCAAGUGAAAAGUUUCAAGCAGAUACUACAGUCAAGGAAGAAACAACUUGAACGUAUUUGGGCAAGUUUCCAUAUUGACUCAAGCAACACUUUUUCCCAUGACAUCAGAUUCAAAACAAACAAUAUAUUAUAGUCCAUAUGUUAAUUAAAGAAAGCCCAAGCAGUGCAGAGGCAUGCACCAGCCUACCGAACACCGACUGAACAAAAGCUGGAUUGCUUGCAAGCCACGGAAGUUAAUCAAACAAGUAAAAAGCCCCGAGUUUUCAGGAUAAGGAGCCUGGGUAAGACUUCUCAGCAAGAUGAGGUUGUGAAUACUGAGCAGCACGUGAAGUACCAACUAUGCUAAAUGCCGCAGAAACACACAGCCAUGGACAAGCCCUGCCUCAGAAACCUAACAGUGUGCAGCCUGCCAGUGAGGAAAUAGAAAUGGUUAAUGCAUGGUUUGCUGAGAGAGUUCAUACCAUCCCAGUCUGCAAGGAGGGAACCAAAUCCCAGAGUGUAUCCUGUGCUUGUCACCAGCCAGCCUGUGCUGAGACCACCAACUCUGGGACACCAGCAAGGAAAAUCUCUGCUUCUGAAUUUGAUAGACCCUUACGGCCUAUUUUUGUCAAGGACUCGGUUGGAGCAGUGAGCUUCCUCUCCGGCUCUGAGAAGAAGGAACAGAUGCCUCUGCAAUCUCCAAGGAUUGAGACCAGUGCAGGGGAUCAAUGCUCAAGACUAUUAGAACUUGUGAAGGAUAUUUCUAGUCACUUAGAUGUCACAGCGCUUUGCCAUAAAAUUUUCCUACAUAUCCAUGAGCUUAUAGCAGCUGAUCGCUAUUCCCUGUUCUUGGUCUGUGAGGACAGCUCUAAUGAGAAGUUUCUUGUAAGCAGGCUGUUUGACGUGGCAGAAGGCUCAACCCUGGAAGAAGCUUCCAACAACUGCAUUCGCCUGGAGUGGAACAAGGGCAUUGUGGGUCACGUAGCAGCUAUAGGCCAGCCUCUCAACAUCAAGAAUGCAUAUGAGGAUCCAAGAUUCAAUGCAGAAGUUGACCAGAUCACAGGGUAUAAGACUCAAAGUAUUCUCUGUAUGCCAAUAAAGAAUCAUAGGGAAGAGGUUGUUGGUGUAGCUCAAGCAAUCAAUAAGAAAUCUGGAAUUGGAGGCACGUUCACUGAACAAGAUGAAAAGGAUUUUGCUGCAUAUUUGGCAUUCUGUGGAAUUGUUCUUCACAAUGCUCAAUUGUAUGAGACAUCUUUGCUUGAGAACAGGCGUAAUCAGGUGCUUCUUGAUCUUGCCAGCCUGAUUUUUGAAGAGCAGCAGUCUUUGGAAGUAAUUCUGAAGAAGAUAGCUGCCACUAUAAUAUCCUUCAUGCAAGUGCAGAGGUGUACCAUCUUCAUAGUGGAUGAAGAUUGUCCUGAUUCAUUUUCUAGUGUGUUUCACAUGGAAUCUGAGGAAUUGGAAGAUUCAGCUGAAAAUCUGAAGAGGGACUAUGAUACAAACAAAAUCAAUUAUAUGUAUGCUCAGUAUGUCAAGAAUACAAUGGAGCCUCUCAACAUCCCAGAUGUCUGCAAAGACCGAAGAUUUCCCUGGACAAAUGACAAUGCAGAAAAUGUAAGUCAACACAUAAAGAGUUUGCUGUGUACACCAAUAAAAAAUGGGAAAAAGAAUAAAGUGAUAGGGGUUUGCCAGCUUGUGAAUAAGAUGGAAGAAAACUCGGGCAAAAUCAAGGCUUUCAACAGAAAUGAUGAACAGUUCCUGGAAGCAUUCGUCAUCUUUUGUGGCUUGGGCAUCCAGAAUACACAGAUGUAUGAAGCUGUAGAAAGAGCCAUGGCCAAACAGAUGGUGACAUUAGAGGUUCUCUCAUACCAUGCUUCUGCUGCUGAGGAGGAAACGAGGGAGCUGCAGGUAACAGCGGCUGCCGUGGUACCAUCUGCACAAUCUCUCAACCUAACUGACUUCAACUUCAGUGAUUUUGAGCUAUCAGAUUAUGAAACAACGCUGUGUACAAUUCGGAUGUUCACAGACCUCAACCUGGUGCAAAAUUUCCAGAUGAAACAUGAGGUUCUCUGCAGAUGGAUUUUAAGUGUAAAGAAAAAUUACCGGAAAAAUGUUGCUUAUCACAAUUGGAGACAUGCCUUUAAUACAGCGCAGUGCAUGUUUGCUGCUUUAAAAUCUGGUAAACUUCAGAGCAGACUAACUGACUUGGAAACACUGGCUUUGCUGAUAGCAACUCUAAGCCAUGAUUUGGAUCACAGGGGAGUGAACAACUCUUAUAUACAAAGAAGUGAACAUCCACUGGCUCAACUGUAUUGCCACUCAAUCAUGGAGCAUCAUCAUUUUGAUCAAUGCCUUAUGAUCCUGAACAGUCCGGGCAAUCAGAUUCUCAGCAGCCUUUCCAUCGAAGAAUACAAGGCCACACUGAAAAUGAUAAAACAGGCCAUUCUUGCCACAGACCUAGCGUUAUACAUAAAGAGGAGAGGAGAAUUUUUUGAACUUCUAAGGAAGAAGCAAUUUAAUUGGGAAGAUCCCACCCAGAAGGAGCUAUUUUUAGCAAUGCUGAUGACUGCUUGUGAUUUGUCAGCCAUAACCAAACCAUGGCCAGUUCAGCAGCGGAUUGCUGAGCUUGUAGCUACCGAGUUCUUUGAUCAAGGAGAUAAAGAACGGAAGGAACUCAACAUAGAACCAACAGAUCUAAUGAACAGAGAAAAGAAGAAUAAAAUUCCCAGCAUGCAGGUUGGAUUCAUAGAUGCUGUUUGUUUGCAGCUGUAUGAGGCCCUAACGCAUGUGUCAGAGGCCUGCUACCCUUUACUGGAUGGCUGUAGAAAAAAUAGGCAGAAAUGGCAAUCCUUAGCUGAACAACAGGAGAAGAAUAUGAUUAAUGGAGAAAGCAAUCAAGCCAAACGGAACUGAGGUGCCAACUGAACAACCACAAGCUUAAGUUCACAUAGAAGACACAGCAAUAGGAGAGUACUGCAUUUUGCUAAACACUGUAUAAAUUUGGCUUCUGUUUCGCCACUGCUGUAUUAUUUUUCCAUAUAUCAAGAUAUAGCAUGACCACGUAUAUGCCAAGGUUAUAUGAAGAUAGUAUGUUUCUUUCAUUACCUCUGACCGAGAUGGAAAAAGAUCUGCCAGGGUAGUUUUUGCUACCCUAUUCCACAAGAGGUACGCGUGCAGUUACUCGGCUGUCCCCGAGAGCCUAUUACUUUAUAGAUGUAUAUAGUUGUUUAGCGAUCGUGUUGUGGCCAGUAUCUUAAAGACUACUGCAUUUCGCACCUUUUUUCCUCUUCCAGUCUUGCUGUGUUACGUUAUAAAAGUAAUGAGCAGUCUUGCCUGUUCUCUUGCCAGAGGUUCUGAGGAAAGAUUGGGACUAACUCUGGGGAGCCAAAUCCAGCGUUUACUGUGCUAACCUCUUUCAGGAGACAGAACCGGGCUUUGAAGUAAACAAGCCCCAGAAUCUGCACGCCCAAUAGUUUUUUUCUUAUUACGGGAAUGUCCUGGCAAAUGUCUUACAUUUGGAGGAAUUUUUAAAAACCCUGUGAAUUACUAGGAGUUUUGUGGUAGAAGUGUCAUAAUUAUCCACGAAUAAUGGAAACUGCUGGAAGACUGAUGAAGUGCCGUAACAUAACUGACAGGCUGCCGUGGAAGAGUGGCUCCCACAGAAAGCUGCAAGAAGCACACAGAGAAAUGGAGACUAAACAGGAUCAUUUUUAUAUGCUGGUUUUAACUUCAUGUGGAAGUUAAAUUUGACAUCAUCGUAACCAACACUGAAUCACGGGCAGGAAAAGUAGAAGAGAAUGUGACUGCAAGAGCAAGAGAUGCCAAUCUCAUUCAGGAAUGACACACUUUGGUGACUAUCAAUGACUGAUUCUUUAGGCCAGUGCUAUUACAAAAUGGCUAUGACCACUUUGAAGAAAGCUUUAUGCUAUCAUCUUUUAAGAAGAUUAGUUAACAAUGAGUAAUCACAAUGUCUUAAAGGAAUAGGAAAAAAGAAUACUGAAAGCAAAAACAGCCAAGAAUGCUACAGGGAUUUGCCAGUUUGAGGCAUUAACAUUCAGAAAAGUAAGAAAUCAAUUAACUUGCACUAGAAAAAAAAAGCAGCAUUGAUAUUUAAAUGAAGAUUACUAAUAAAAGUUGUUUUGAAUUGGGAACCAAUUCAAGAAAAUACAGACAUUAGACAAACACCAAAAGAGUAAUACAAAGAGAGUACUGCUCUUUGGGUAGGCAGGAUUAGAUCAGGAUCAGCAAUCUAAGAUGGGUGAGCAGUAGGUGUAACUUCAGCUGCACAGAGACACAGAAUAUGUCUCUUUUUUUUUUUUAAUCUGUAGUAAUGAUUGUUCAGUUCAAAUCAGCAAUAGUAUUAGGCAAAAGUAAUACAUUUGGGAUUGUACUUUGAAGUGUGGGAGUUUAGUUCCGUCACAGUAAUCCAGAAAAUCCUAGUUGGAAACUGCAGUAAAUUCUUCUUCCCAGGAGAUUUUCAAUCCCCUCUUGUAAGAGCUGGUCAGAAAGACGAUGAAAACAACCUCUUUUAUCGGUCUCUGCAUUUAGAUAAAUGAUACCAGAAGCUAACAGAAGAUGAAGCAAAUGUUUCAAAAUGUUUGACGAUACUAAGUUUCAUAGUAGAUUUAUUUGUUUUUAAACGUAGAAUAAGUUAUGUGGCUAGUCUGCAGCACUUCUGCCAGCCUAAAUGAUUUGUCACUUAAUAAAUCAUAUUCCAAACUUCUCUAAUGACUACCAGUAAUAUAUUAUUGCAGCUGAAUUUGAUAACAUUUUUCUACAAAAUUAUUUAUCCUGGUUUUCAAAAGAAAUACGGAAUUCAACAAUAGUUAGGAAUUCCAGGACUACUGUUACACAGUGCUCCAUAUGUGUGUUUAUAUGCAUACACAGUACAAUAUACGUAUGUAGUAUGUCAUAGCUAUGCAGAAAAAUGACCGCAGCCUGCCUCCCCAACACACACCACCACCCCCAAAAAAAAGCGCGUUUUUAGUACUUUCUGAAAAGUAGGAAACUUUGCUUCAGGAUUUGCAUAGUCCUUCUACAUUCUUUUCCUUGAAUGCUUGAGAUAAUUAUUACACUGAUGAGAUACAUAUUUAAUAUAAAUAUGAACAAAGUAUAUGUAUAUAAAGGUGUAUUCUUGCUAGUAUGGUUGAGACUAGUAUUUCAUGAUGACAACACAGCAGAUCAGCUAUGGUGAUGUUACAGUGUAGUGACGUAUCAUUUACAUUAAGAUCCCAGUAUUUCUUUGCUAUAUCGCGUGUUCAGCAAAGUGUUAUUGUAAUAUAAAUUUAUAAUUAAUGCAAAGGAAUGCUGGAGUCAUAUCUUUGACUUGAAAAAAAAAUGGACAUGACUUUGCAGUUUUGCAAAGGUUCGCUUAAAAUGAACACAGUUAUACAGUAUGUUCAUAAUAUCUGUACACAUUCAACCCUCAGAAUUGCUUCCACUACAAAGAUUGGAAAGUACAUAGAAAUACAGUUCCUAGUAAAUAAACCAUUUAAAUGUCAUAAUACACCUGUAUCUGUAUAUAUUUACGCAAACGCAAACCCUUUGAACUAGUGGUUUAAGAACCUUAGAAGCGCAGGUUGCUGUACUUCGUGAAAUUUCAGAGAGUGAUCAAAUUCUUUAUAUAGUGUUUCACUCCGCCUCAAGGCAAGUGCUGGUUUUGUGUCAUAUCUUUGUGUGAAACGUUUGCAGAAAUGGCUCAUUCCUUUCAUAAUGUGGAUAGGCAACAAUAUGAAAAAAAAACCAGGCUGUUUUCUGCCUGAAGUUUAUUCCCUUCAGAAUUCAAUGUUUUCAAACCCAGCAAGUGGAUUACAGCCAUGCAGCUGCCAUUAAUUUCAUCAUGAGUUGUGUAUCUCAUUAUUUUAGUCAGGUCGCAAACAUAUUCUCCCCAAUUUGUACUGUCUCUCUCAAACAAUCAGUGGAUUGUACGAGAAACAAGCUGAAAUGGAGUUUACUGCUUUGUCAGUUCAGUCCAUUAAAGCCAUUGUGAAAUUCAAUAUUUCAGUCUUUACGUACAGAAUUUGUUCCACUAAUUUUUAAUACUUGUCUCAAUGAAGACAUCUGUAUUUCUCAGACACGGACAUAGUCUCAUUUAAAGUCACUCUACAGCACAGUUUAAUGCUUAAAGUACACUUUUCUUUCUGGUUUUGUUAACCUUUUUGAAAAAAUUACUUUUUGUACAUAUUAACAUACACAAAAUUACUGAUUAACCUUACCUCUUGUAAUUAAAAAGAACAGUGAGGCUCUUAAGCUGUAGGCAAUACUUCUUUUCCAACAAGUUAGUCACACAUCCAAUAUUAGCUGUAGAAUGUUUAGGUUUUCUGUUAUCUCACACAAUAAAAGAAAGGAGGGGAAAAUAAUGUUACAUUGAUUUUGGAGAUGGUAUUUUUAAUUAGUAGCAGUUUAAAGUUAAGAAUAGAUUAUUCUCAUACCUUCACAGAAUACAAGUGAGCUAGCGAUAAAAGCGAAUCCUCUAUUCCAUUGGUGACCAGCUGAGCUCUCUUUAGAAGAGAGGACAGAAGCCUGAUUUUAUGCACCACGUUCAGACAAUGGCAUGCAUGUAAAGAUAAAUUUUUGAACUCCAAUCCAAUAUGUUUUAUCUGGCAGUGGCGCAAACUGACAAAAUCAGAACACUGUCUAAUUAAUUUAUAAGAUUUUUCAAAAUUAUGUAACUGAUUGACCACCCCAUUAUACAGAAAGAUCACGAAGCAUCAGAUCUAGCCCCUUAAAAUUCGGGGAUGUUGGCCAAAUGAUCUGGAUGGUGCCCCUUGCAGUUAUGCAUGAGAAGACAGCAGAGAGUUUUGAUGGAAAAAAAUGCCUCAUUCAUAAUAAAUUCAUACAUUUUUAAAGGUUUUAUAGAGACCUAGUAUUUCAGGCAUAUUUGUACAUUACCUUUGAUUAAGAGCCUUGUCUCUGUGAUGCUGUAGUUUCUUCUCCCUGUCAAAUCACAUGCAGUUUACAUUCCACAAGGUUUCAGCUUUAUUUCACAGUUCUCUGCCAUACUUGUUCAGGGACUUGCGCUAAUUUGAAAGAUAAGCUUGAACAUUGGUGCACUGGGGAAAAAAAAAAACAACAAAACAAAACAAAAGAAAAGAUAAUUUGGCUAGAGUAUGAUAAAUAAUGAGGGCUGACUUUUUUGGUUUGGACUUUCAUGGGAACAAGGAACAUCACAGAACCUGGCCUGCUAAUUAAUGACGUUUGCUAAGCACAGCAAAUUGUGACAGCAAAAUCUUUUGUCUUUGUCAUUGCUAGGUGAAUGGAAAUUGCAUGGGAAAGUUUAUUUUCCAGAUAAAGAAGUUUGUUUCCAUAGAGAAACUCAAAUCUAAGUACCACUGUUUGUAAAUGUGUAUUUAUGUGACAGCGCUAUAUAAUAGCCGUUUCCACUAACUUUCACAGCGUGAGCUUGUCAUGCCAGGGCCUAAGGUGUGCUCAAAUACCCAUUUGAAGUCAAUUCUAUGAUUCCCAUUUACCUCUAGUGGGAGCUGGAAUGAGCUGUAUAGGAAGUGAAAGAACGGGUCAAAUCCACCUUUUUUCCUAGAAAGAGGGACCAAACUCCUACCCUUGGUAACACCUGCCUCACCUGCUCUUUGCUGUACUCAGCUAUUCCUGCUGAUGCCCAAGGUACCUUACAGAUGUAACCGAAGUUGGAAUUUGAGCCCUCGAUGUAUUCACAUGGCAGACACCUGCAUGUGUCUCUUAAAGAAUGUAGUGUGAAAUGCACUGUAAAUAGUUUUAAUAUACGUUUCUAUUAUAGUUUAAUAAAAAUCUGAAUCACAGUCACUAGCCACUGAGUUUGUCCAUUUGUAUUCUUUCAUCUUUUCAAAAUAUUUGAACAAAUAUAUAGUUUCUGGGCACAGUAUUUUUGUACUAGGUUAAGAGGGUUACUCUGUACAUUAUGUUUCACCUUAAAGCAUCAUUAAAGUCUUCUGAAUGUUA